UUUUCAAUCAAAUCAAUAGGAGAAGAAGAGAAGCCGUAGCUUUCAAAUAGAGAAGCUUCAAAGAUGACAAAAAAGGCUAAUCUUUUCAAUAGAGAAACUCCAAAUAUGACAAUAAUGGCAAAUCUUCUCAGAUGCCAACAGAAGAAGAAAUCAGUACGAAUUCCCAAAGGGAAGAGAGUUGUGAAGCGUCAAAGCAGAUGGAUAUUGUUGAUCAUCAGGCCACUGGAAUUCAAUUCCAAGGCGAAAUAAUUAUGGAAAUCCUCAGCAGGUUACCCGUACGGUCUCUUCUUCAGCUCAAAUGUGUUUCGAACUCUUGGCAGGCAUUAAUCUCUGAUCCUUACUUUAAGUUGAAGCAUCUCAAUCAUGUCAAGAAUAACCACAAACUUCUUGUUUGCCAGUCAUGGUUUGAUAGUGUUGAUAUGGAACGCACCAUCAAAUUUAGCUUCUAUUCUUCUCCUUUAUCGAAUGUACAACAACUCGAUUGCCCUUCAACCUUCAAACCAUUUGAGUGCCACUUAUUUUGUUGUUUCAAUGGGUUGGCUGUUCUCGGAUUUUUUGGUAAAUCUGAUCAACAACUUUUUCUAUGGAACCCUUCCACAAGAGAGUCGACACUUCUUCCCCAUUCAGAAUUUAGACAUCUGUGUACUAUGUUCGGAUUGGGAUAUGACGCGAUGAGUGAUGGGUACAAGAUCCUUAAGUGGACCAUGUGUCAAAUACGACAUUCCGUAGAAAUUCUCUCGCUAAAAAGUGGUUCUUGGAGAAAGAUUUGGUACUAUCCAACUACCAUUGCCAUUGCCCUAGGUGGGGACAGAAACUUCCGAUUUAUCCUUACCGAAAUGACAGUUGGUAUAUGGAUACUAUGGUAUUUGUUCAUGGAGCAUUUCAUUGGCUUGGUAAGACAAUAUCAAGAACUUGUCAUUUGGUUUCAUUUAGUUUUUCAAAUGAGGUGUACGGAGAGAUACCUUUGCUAGAGCAAAUGCACAUAACUAAUGAAGAUGUGUUGUCUAAUUAUGGCCUUUCAUUAGUGGAAGGAAUGGUUUGCGUUUCUUCUACUCAUAAACAUCAAGGAUGGGGCACUUUUAAGUGUGGGUAAUGAAAGACUAUGGUGUCAAAGAAUCUUGGACUGUAUUGUUUACCAUACUACUCAGCAAUAUUGUAUAUGCCAAAUUGAAACAUAGAUUUGCAAAUGGUGAAGUGCUACUAUAUUUAUUUGAGACUUUAGCAAGUGCACCUUGGACCAACCGUAUGGUUACAUUUGGACAUACUGCACUUAGGACAUCCACAGGUCCAUUUGGAUUCUGGCACGAAUAUUUUAGAGUUCAUGAUGGAAUUGCUUAUACAGAAAGUUUGAUCUCUCCGAAUCACUUAUUUAAUAUUUGCUUAUGUAUGCAAGAAACUUUUUUAUUUCAUCUUUUUGUUUUUUUUUCCGGAAAUCAUGUAAGGACCUCAAGUAUUGUCUAUUACUUGCAAAUUUUUGGUUCCUAAAUGUAUUCAUUUAAGUUAUCAGCUUAUUUUAUGUUCUCACUUGUAUUAGGAAAUA